GGUGGAGAGCGGAGGGGGUGGCAGGUGGAGUCUGAGUGUCUUGUGUAACAAUAGCCAAGUACACAGAAGUAGGAGGAGCCAUGGAGGUAUAAGUAGAGGCUCCUGAAUGUGUCAUGAACAUAAAGCACCUGUCGCUGCUCUCCUACAAGGAUCGUAGACUUGUUUUCUGUAGCACAUCAACUGACAUCUGUUGCUUUUUUUACUGAAAACUUCACUAAAACAAGCUCACAAUGACUUCUUUGCUGAGCAAGAUCCUCACUUUGUUAUUUACCUGCAUGGCUCUGCGUGAAGGUUGGGGACUUCCUCUAUCUGAUCGGCCAGAGGCACCCCUUCAGGUGUCACAUCCAAACCACAUCAGGACCAAACGCUGCUCCUGUAACAGCUGGUAUGACACCGAGUGCAUCUACUUCUGCCACCUGGACAUCAUCUGGGUUAACACACCAAGUAAACUACUUCCUCAUGGUCUGGGAGGGUCUUUGUCUCGGCGGCGGCGGUCAGCCAACCGAUGCCAGUGCAGUGACCUCACGGACAAACGCUGCCGAGCCUUCUGUUAUGAAAGCUCGGAGGACAGCAGAGCUGAAGACUCAAGUUUAGUGAAGAAAUCCACGAGAGCAAACAGCAAACAGUUGUUGGCAUCUUUAAGGUCUCUUGUCCAGUCCAACAUGAAGAUUGCAAAAGCGUCCCAGUCUUCAAGGGCGGACUCUUCUGGAGAAGCAAGUUAAAGACUAGACCAAGGAGGAAGAACAUUUCUGUCAUCGUGGAUUCGGUGCCUAUCACAGGAGAUCUCAGGGUCUAAAUGGACAAGCAGGUCCGAAAUUCUGGUGAAACCACAGAAGGACAAAGAAGUGAAACUUUGGAAGAGCAGUAGCUUCCUAAUGAAGGAGGAACAUUAUGUUUUAUUAUUAUUAUUAUGAACAGUAAUGGGCUUAAAAUGAACCCAGUAGCUGAAGAGGAAACCAUCAAAGCCAUUGGGACCAGUUCCUGGUGAAUUCCUCUCUAUCUGCUGGAUUCGACUCUUCUGCUUGAAGUCUGAGACACAAACAGCUUAAGGUCUUUGGCCGUACUCGUAAAAGGCAGCUAAGAAAUAACCACUCGAAUGUUUUGAUCAACAACAAACCAGGAGGGUUCACUGAUGUUCAGUUAGCCAAAAGUGCAGAGAUGGUUUCAUUUCCAAGUGUCUGAAUGAGAACUCAGUCUAAAGUGAGUUUACAGUCUUUGAAGUUUACCGUUGACUUGAUUGCAAUAAUUGUAAAUAGAAGAAUUUAUUUAUGCUCUAACUUAUUCAAAGAUGUUUAUAUUUCUAGAACUGAAACCCUGGAUUUUGUAUGAGAAAAUAAUAAUAAAGAAAAAACUUGAAUGCA